CCUCAAAUUGUAACAGCACCAGAAUCAGAACUAGAACUUUACUCGUGAGAUAUAUGUACAAAAAAAUUGUUUCUUUUUUCUCUCACUCACGGAAUAAUCCUUAGAUUUUCAGAAAAGUGAAAUAAAAUGACUACUUGACGUCGUAAUUGUUGUCGAUGUUGUGGGAUAGAAUCCUUAGAAUGACCUCGUGCAUUCAUUCUGAGUAAAUGUUGUUUCAUAACGUAUAAUUAAAUGUUAUCUACAGAAUGACAUUGAGAUAAAUGUGAUUUAGGAGAGUUAAUUGUGAUUUGUCAUUGAGUUGUUUCAAUUUCACGUAGCGAAAUGAAUUUUCUGCGACCAAUAAAUUUGUGUAACACAUUAAAAUAUUGCCAUCGAUCGAAUUUAUUUUCGAUAUCAUUGCCAUCAAUUUCAUUGCACACCGAUUGCACAAAUAAACGAAUUCAAGGCAUUGAAUCAUGUGCAAAACUAAAAUCCUUUGACAACACUUUGGCUCAGAGAUUGCACAAUAGAAAUCAAUUAGAUAUUUUCCACAGAUCGUCGAGCAAUCAUCAAGCGAUUAUCAAUAAAAAUGGGCUGUUUAAUAAUAUAAAAACUAACAUCGAUCCGUAUGCGCGACUUAUUCGAUUCGAUCGACCAAUUGGAUCAUGGUUGCUAUUUUGGCCAUGUGGAUGGAGUAUUGCGUUGAGUGCAACCGCUGGAGGAUUGCCCAGUCUAAAUAUGCUUGCUCUGUUUGGAUGCGGUGCAUUUAUAAUGCGAGGAGCUGGCUGUACAAUAAAUGAUUUAUGGGACAAAGAUAUCGACGCAAAAGUCGAACGCACCAAAAAUCGGCCUUUGGUCAAUAAUGAAAUAAAGCCAUUAGAUGCAUGGGUGUUUUUGUCGGGACAAUUGAGCAUUGGUUUAAUGGUGUUACUUCAAUUGAAUUGGACAUCGAUUGUAAUCGGUGCAUGCUCAUUGGGUUUAGUUACGGUUUAUCCGCUUAUGAAGCGCAUCACUUAUUGGCCACAAUUUGUACUGGGAAUGACGUUUAAUUAUGGCGCUUUGUUGGGAUGGUGCGCAACACAAGGCUCCAUCGAUUUGGCAGCCUGCUUACCUUUGUACGUGGCCGGAGUUUCAUGGACCAUCAUUUAUGACACAAUCUAUGCUCAUCAGGACAAAGUGGAUGAUUUGAUAGUUGGCAUUAAAUCGACAGCUUUGAGAUUUGGUGAAAACACGAAAAUCUGGCUCACUGCAUUCUCAACAGCAAUGAUGAGUGGUUUAUUGACAUCGGGAUAUAUCUGUGAUCAAACCUGGCCAUACUAUACAGCCGUUGGAUUAGUCGGAGCCCAUCUUGCCCAACAAAUUACUUCACUAAAUAUAAACGAUCCGAGCGAUUGUGCACGAAAAUUCAUAUCAAACCAUCAAGUUGGCUUGAUCAUUUUUUUGGGAAUCGUUAUCGGUACAUAUCUGAAAUCUAAGCAUGACAAUAAAUUAACCACGAAUAUCCAAUCAACACAGACACUCAUCGAAAUAACGAAAGACAAACUCCAUAUUACAUGAAAUCCCGAAAAUGGUACCACAUCAAAAAAUCUCAUCGAAUUUAUUUUUUGCUACAAACAGUGGAUAAGACCUAAACUAAGAUAUAGGUUUUUACUUUUUUGUUAUGGAUUGUGCACACCUGAUUUCGUAUUACAACAACAAACAAACAAAUUAACUAAAAAAAAAUGUUUUGUAUUGUCGGUCUCUAGGGGGUAGACGCAAUUAGGGCUUAUUGUGUCCUAUCAAAUGUACACGUUAUAUGUGAUUUACUAAAAAAAAAAUAGGAAAAAUUAGCAAUGUUAGAGCCCGUGUCUCUCUCUAGGCCGGUCUUCAUUUAUCUGCUUUGCAUAAUCUAUGAUCAAAAAAUGGAUUCACUAUUAUAUGCACCAAUCCGAGAAGAGAUCCUAUAUAAAAAAAAAGGAAAUCGCUUAAUGUGGCACUCACCAAAAUCCUGUAUAAUUUUUGUUUGUACCAAAAAUAAGUCACAAAAACAGAAUUUGAUGUUCAAAGAAUUCACAUGCCAAAGAAAAAAUUGAAACUUUUGCUACUUAAAAUAAAGUGUACAAACGGG